CUUUGAAACGCUGGAUUUUCAAGUCCUUUUUCAGGAAGCAUUCAUGAGCUGUCAUGGGUCAACAUACAUUUCAUUACCAGGCAAAAGGGCUGUGUUUACUGCUGCACCAGGUUCAGGGGAGGUCUUUGGGGGGAAAGCCGCAACACUGCGCUUCAGCCAGGAGAUUUGGAGCCAAAGAGGUUUUCUGAAAUCAGUGGAGACUGCCUGAGAACAGACCGUGUGAGCCCUUGAUCUGAUACUUCCUCCUGAGGAGAGACAGGCAUCAUGAAACAGAGAUUCAUUUCAUCAGCUCAAAUAAUUUUGCAGCUGGCUCUGACUACAGUAGGUCUGACUGGUCAAACAUACCCUGGAAAACCUAAGAUAAUAAGAUGUCGUUCUCUAGAAAAGGAAACCUUUUCAUGUUGGUGGAAGCCUGGCUCAGAUGGAGGACUUCCUAACAAUUACACCCUGUUCUACAGCAAGGACAGUGAAGAAAAAAUCUAUGAAUGUCCAGACUACCUAACAUCAGGUCCAAAUUCCUGCUACUUCGAUAAAAACCACACUAAUCCCUGGACAACAUAUAUUAUCACUGUAAUGGCAAGAAAUGAGAUUGGAAGUAACAGCUCAGAUCCUCAGCAUGUGGAUAUAACUUCCAUAGUUCAGCCAGAUGCUCCUGUGAACCUCUCUCUAGAAACGAACACAUCUGCUAACAUGUCAUACCUUUGGGCAAAAUGGUCUCCACCCCCAUUAGCUGAUGCCAGCUCUAAUUUACUUGUAUAUCACUAUGAGCUACGACUAAAGCCUGAGGAAAAGGAAGAGUGGGAGACAGUGUCUGUAGGAAUGCAGACACACUACGAGGUGACCAGCCUGCAAGCUGGGGUGAAGUAUGUUGUUCAGGUGCGUUGCAUAUUAGACCUCGGAGAGUGGAGCGAGUGGAGCUCAGAAAGAAGCAUUCAGAUCCCUAAAGAACGGUUACCUCCUGAAAAGCCUACGAUAAUAAAGUGCCGUUCUCCUGAAAAAGAAACAUUUACUUGUUGGUGGAAACCUGCCUCAGAUGGAGGACUCUUGACCAACCACACUUUGCUUUACAGCAAAGAGGGAGAAGAAAAAGUUUAUGAAUGUCCAGAUUACAAAACUGCAGGCCCCAAUUCAUGCUACUUUGAUAAAAAGCACACCUCUUUCUGGACCAUAUACAAUAUAACUGUGAGGGCAACUAAUGAAAUGGGAAGUAAUGUCUCUGAUCCUCAUUAUGUGGAUGUGACUUACAUAGUACAGCCAGAUCCUCCUGUGAAUAUAACUCUGGAAUUAAAAAAGUCUAUAAAGAGAAAACCAUAUCUGGUCCUGACAUGGUCUCCACCCCCACUAGCUGAUGUCAGAUCUGGUUGGCUUACCCUUGAAUAUGAAUUGCGACUAAAGCCUGAAGAAGGAGAGGAAUGGGAGACUAUUUUUGUUGGACAGCAAACACAAUGUAAAAUGUUUAGUUUAAAUCCUGGAAAGAGGUACAUUGUACAGAUUCACUGCAAACCAGACCACCAUGGAUUAUGGAGUGAGUGGAGCCCAGAAAUGUAUAUUGAGAUCCCUACUGACUUUAGAGUAAAAGAUAUGGUUGUGUGGAUCAUCGUUGGUGUCCUGUCAUCUCUUAUAUGUUUAAUAAUGAGCUGGAUAAUGAUUAUGAAAGGGUACAGAAUGAUGGCCUUUAUCCUGCCACCAGUUCCAGGACCAAAGAUAAAAGGCAUAGAUACACAUCUGCUGGAGACAGGAAAAUCUGAAGAAUUACUGAGUGCUCUUGGUUGCCAUGGUUUCCCUCCAACAUCAGACUGUGAGGAACUACUGAUAGAAUAUCUGGAGGUAGAGGACAGUGAGGAUCAGCAGCUCAUGCCAAGUCAUGACACUCCCAGUAAAAACACAAAAAUUAUUCACAAGGAAACAGACAGUGACUCAGGCCGAGGGAGCUGUGAUAGCCCUUCUCUCCUCCCUGUGAAGAGCAGGGAACCCCGUGGCCUUCCAUCUACUCUUCAAACACAAGAUGUAAGAGCUAAAGAAAAGAAAGGAGGAAAAGGGAGCUGGGAAACUCAGUGUUCGGCCUCAGAACAGAAAAUGCUCCCUUGUAACAGUGAGAGUAUAAAGUCGUGCACAUGGCUGGCAGCUCAGUUACCCGGUAAUCAGGCUGCUAUGUUUGCCUACCACAGCACUGUGGAGGCAUUCAGGAUAACACUGAACACCACAAAUGUGAACCCUUCACCAGUUCUGGUGGGAAAUGAAGAAAAUCGUCAGUCACUAUAUCCUAUUGCUGAAACUGUGUAUGAUGAUGUGGAAAAGAUAAGCGAGAUGGAGUAUUCUAAAACUGACCAAACCACAGUGCAGGUCAGACAAAACCAACAAAAUGACAAGUCACCUUUCCUGAAUCCUAAACUAAUGGACUAUGUAGAGGUUCAUAAAGUCAGACAAGAUGAGGAACCAACACUAUUACUGAAACAUAAAGAAAAUAGUGGAAAGACCAAAAAAAGCACUAUUCCAGGAACCAGCAAAGAAUAUACCAAGGUCUCAACAGUUGUGGACCAUCAUAUUUUAGUAUUAUUGCCAGAUCAGCGCACCCAGAACACACCUGUAUCUCAAGAACCUGUAGCAGAAACAUCUCAGAACCCUCAGGACAGUCAAGCUGAGAAGAGCACAGGCUACAGCACAACAGCUCCAAGCGACUCCAGAGGAGACACCAGUGGAUCAGACUACAUGGACCCAUCUUCCUUUAUGCCCUCCUUUAAAUAACCUUUUAUUACUGCACAUACUUAGUAGUCACACACAGUAAAAUGAAACCACAUAGCAAACAGUUCUUUUAAAAAGUCUAGCCUCCAAAAGCUUAGCCUCCAAUGUGCAUUUUACAGGUAAUAAGAUAAUCUGUGAGUUGAGGUAAUAUUCAGUAAUAAAAAUACUGGAUCAUUAGCACACAUUCCUGAUACAGUGAAAUGAGGAAAUGGAUCUUGUCUGUCAUGAAAAAUGCACUGUAAAACAAUUAUUCAGUUCUGCAAAUCUUCUGUUGGUUGAUGAAGCCUGAGGAAAUACCACAGAUUCAACAAAGAUGCAAAUUGUUGUGGGUCAGUCAGCAAACCAUAGCGAUCUGAGCAGUUCCUACAUUACAUAAAUCAUUGCACAACAGCAUUCUUACCUACAAUGUGUUUUCUUCUGGUUGCAUUCUGACACUAGAUUGUCUUUAUAUUUUUUCUCAGUCCUUGAGAAAAAGAAGCUCUUGUGCAUGACAAAUCAUAUAUAAAAGAGAAUGUAUUCUAGAGAUUGCAGUAAAACAACAAAUUCUUCUAAAUAUAUUUUUGCUUUGUUUCAAUGUGACAGAAAACUGCAUCCCAUUCAUAUCCUAGUCCAGACAAACCAAAAUGAAGAAGAAAGCAGGAUAAUAUAUGAUGUACCGCCUUACUGUAUAUAAAAUACAAUUUUACUUUAGUAUAAGCCCAUAUGUUUAACAAUCUAUU